ACCUCCAAGACCUAAAAGGUCAGAGCCUGGUGGCCUGGGUGGAUGGGGCAUGGCCUGCCUGGGGCAAGGAGAAACCGGAUCUCACAGACUCUGGGAUUAGAGAUAAAUUUACACCUGGACUGCUGGACUCCAGAUUCCGAAGGAGGAGGGGCCCAGGGACCUGUACUCCUGGGUUCUGGAAGAGGAGAACGCUGAGCACGCGCUCAACUGUGAAUAUCUCCUGCCUCACAGCGGCCAAAAAUGCCCCCGCAGGCAAAGAUGCCACCAAACCGGCUCCCAAGGAAGCCCCGCCUCCAGAGGCUCUUGCAGAGCCCCCCAAAGAAGCCCCACCUGAGGACCAGUCUCCCACCGCUGAGGAGCCCACCGGCAUUUUCCUGAAGAAGCCAGCCUCUGUGUCGGUGGAGACUGGAAAGGAUGCCGUGAUCUUGGCCAAGUUGAACGGGAAAGAGCUGCCGGACAAACCAGCCAUCAAGUGGUUCAAGGGGAAGUGGCUGGAGCUGGACAGCAAGAGUGGGGCCCGAUUCUCCUUCAAGGAGUCCCACGACUCUGCCAGCAAUGUAUACUCCUUGGAGCUGCACAUCGGGAAGGUGGUACUGGGUGACCGCGGGGAUUACCGCCUCGAGGUCAAAGCCAAGGACAUCUGCGACAGCUGUGCCUUCAAAAUUGAUGUGGAGGCGCCCAAUCAGGACUCCGCUGGGCAGAGUCUAGAAAGCUUCAAGCGUUCGGGUGAAAAGAUGCCGGAAGGCAAAGGUGAGCUGGAUUUCAGCGGCCUGUUGCAGAAGAGGCAGGUGGUUGAGGAGGAGAAGAGAAAGAAGAAAGAUGACGAUGAUCUAGGCAUCCCGCCUGAGAUUUGGGAGCUCCUGAAAGGGGCAAAGAAGAGCGAGUAUGAGAGGAUUGCCUUCCAGUAUGGCAUCACUGACCUCCGGGGCAUGCUGAAGCGACUCAAGAAGGCCAAGGUCGAGGUCAAGAAGAGUGCAGCCUUCACGAAGAAGCUGGAUCCAGCCUACCAAGUGGACAAAGGCAACAAGAUCAAGUUGGUGGUAGAGAUUAGCGACCCAGACCUUCCCCUCAAGUGGUUCAAGAACGGUCAAGAAAUCAAACCAAGUAGCAAGCACGUGUUUGAGAAUGUUGGUAAGAAGCGAAUUCUCACCAUCAACAAGUGUGCGCUGGCGGACGAUGCUGCUUAUGAGGUCGUCGUCAAAGAUGAGAAGUGUUUCACUGAGGUCUUCGUCAGAGAACCCCCAGUCUUGAUUGUCACACCCCUCGAGGACCAGCAGGUGUUUGUGGGCGACCGGGUAGAAAUGGCAGUGGAGGUGUCAGAAGAGGGCGCCCAAGUCAUGUGGAUGAAAGAUGGCGUGGAACUGACGCGGGAGGAUUCCUUCAAGUCCAUGUACCGCUUCAAGAAGGAUGGGAAGCGUCACAUCCUCAUCUACUCGGAUGUGACCCUGGCGGAUAGUGGUCACUACCAGGUCAUGACCAACGGCGGCCAGUGUGAGGCGGAGCUCAUCGUGGAAGAGAAACAGCUGGAGGUCCUGCAGGACAUCGCAGAUGUGACGGUGAAGGCCUCAGAACAGGCCAUGUUCAAGUGUGAGGUGUCCGAUGAGAAGGUCACGGGCAAGUGGUACAAGAAUGGGGUCGAGGUGCGGCCCAGCAAGAGGAUCACCAUGUCCCACAUCGGGAGGUUCCACAGAUUGACGAUUGACGAUGUUCGCCCUGAGGAUGAGGGAGACUACACGUUUGUGCCCGACGGCUAUGCCCUGUCCCUCUCGGCCACACUCAACUUCCUGGAAAUCACGGUGGAGUACGUCCCCAAGCAAGAGCCACCAAAGAUCCACCUGGACUUCUCGGGCAAGACCUCGGAAAACACAAUUGUGGUCGUGGCUGGAAACAAGCUGAGGCUGGACGUGUCCAUCACAGGGGAGCCCCCUCCUGUCGCCACCUGGAUGAAGGAGGAUGAGGUGUUCUCAAGCACUGAGGGCAGGGUCCACAUCGAGAAGCAGAAAGACACCAGCAGCUUCGUGAUCGAGAGCACGGACCGAGCUGACGAGGGCCGCUACACCAUCAAGGUCACCAACCCCGUCGGCGAGGACGUGGCCACCAUCUUCCUGCGGGUUGUGGAUGUCCCAGAUCCCCCGGAGGCUGUGCGUGUCACAUCGGUUGGAGAAGACUGGGCCACCCUAGUCUGGGAGCCACCCAAGUAUGACGGGGGACAGAUGGUCACCGGGUACCUCCUGGAGCGGAAGAAGAAGGGCUCUCAGCACUGGAUGAAGCUGAACUUCGAGGUCUUCACGGAGACCACCUAUGAGUCCACCAAUAUGAUCGAGGGCAUCCUCUACGAGAUGCGGGUCUUUGCUGUCAACGCCAUUGGGGUCUCCCAGCCCAGCAGCAAAACCAAGCCCUUCAUGCCUAUUGCACCCACAAGUGAACCCCAGCACCUGACAGUGGAGGAUGUGACGGACACCACCACCACCCUCAAGUGGCGGCCCCCAGAUAGGAUUGGGGCAGGUGGCAUCGAUGGGUACCUGGUGGAGUACUGCGUGGAAGGCUCUGACGAGUGGAUCCCUGCUAACACGGAACUGGUGGAGCGCUGUGGCUUCACUGUCAAGGACCUCCCCACGGGAGCCAGAAUCACCUUCCGCGUCGUUGGGGUCAACAUCGCGGGGCGCAGCCAGCCGGCCACCCUGGCCCAGCCGGUCACCAUCCAGGAGAUUGUGGAGCAACCCAAGAUCCGACUGCCCCGGCACCUCCGCCAGACUUACAUCCGCAAAGUGGGGGAGCAUAUUAACCUCGUCAUUCCCUUCCAGGGAAAGCCGAGGCCACAGGUGACGUGGACGAAGGGCGGGGCGCCCAUAGACACCUCCCACGUGCUCGUGCACACCAGCGACUUAGACACAGUGUUCUUCGUGCGCGAGGCUGCCCGCUCAGACUCCGGGGAGUACGAGCUCAGCGUGCAGAUCGAGAACAUGAAGGACACGGCCACCAUCCACAUUCGGGUCGUGGAAAAGGCAGGGCCACCGGAGAACGUGAUGGUGAAGGAGGUGUGGGGCACCAACGCGCUGGUGGAGUGGAAGCCCCCCAAGGAUGACGGCAACAGUGAGAUCACCGGGUAUUUCGUCCAGAAGGCCGACAAGAAAACCAUGGAGUGGUUCAAUGUCUACGAACACAACCGGCAAACCUCCUGCACCGUAUCAGACCUCAUCAUGGGCAACGAAUACUAUUUCCGAGUUUACAGCGAGAACAUCUGUGGGCUCAGUGACUCGCCUGGCGUCUCCAAGAACACGGCCUGCAUCCUCAAGACAGGUGUCACCUUCAAACUGCCUGAGUACAAGGAGCAUGACUUCCGAACGCCUCCCAAGUUCCUGACGCCUCUACCUGACCGGGUGGUCGUGGCUGGUUACGCUGCAGCUCUCAACUGCGCCGUCAGAGGCUACCCGAAGCCCAAGGUGGUCUGGAUGAAGAACAAGAUGGAAAUCAGCGGAGAUCCCAGGUUCCUGAUGAACAACUACCUGGGGGUCCUGACGCUGAACAUCCGCCGCCCGUCCUCCUUCGACUCGGGGACUUACUCGUGUCUGGCCGUCAACGAGCUGGGGGAGGCCCUGGCCGAGUGCAAGCUGGAAGUCCGAAUGCCGCAGUGAAGCGCUCUCUCCCACCUGCCAAGAUAAUUGGCUGCUGAGUCCUAACCCAGACCUCCCCCAACACGUUUCCCUUUCCCGAGUUAUCAAUGAGAAGAUCAUAGUCUUGUCUUGGACUCCCAUAUGUCUGUCCUUCUUGAGUCUGUAGCUCCGCCUUCCUCCUCCUGUAGGGCUUAGUCACCUGGGGCUGGGCGAUGGGGACAGCCAGGUUGGAAUGGCAACCACGAUGAGGCGGCCCUGAUGAAACAGACCGCAUUGAGGCCGCCAUCUUGGAACAGCCACUUUAGCGAGGCUACCGCGUUGCCAUGGCAACUACAAAAUCACAGGGGGGCCUGACACCCUGUGGAGGCAGCCCUGUUAGCCGAGCUACUGGGAGUGGGGAGGAGGUGGGCUGGCUGCAGGGGCCAGAUGCAGUGGGCAAAGAAGAACCAAAGGCCAGACUGGGGAGGGCUACUCUAGUGAGGUAGCCAUGAUGGAGUGGUGAGCGCUGGGCCUCUGUAGCGGCCCGAGGAG